CUUGUCUCCCUGUAGAAGUCACACCAGUCGACCCAUUCUCAGAACCAGCACUCAAGCCGAUUGUACCCUCGCUGCGCGACUUGAUUCCUUUCAGCAGCAUCAAGAAAGCAUCGGUAUCAAUGCCUGUCAGUCGUAGCAACAGCAUAUCUCUGCCUAUCGAUCCCGAAGAGUCUUCAGCAUCUGUACGACCGACCACUCGCUCGAUUUCAUUAGGACACUCGCUUCCACACUCACUUCUGAACACCGAGGCAUUCUUUCGGCCGCGCGCACUCUCGAUUGCCACCACGGCGAUCACCUACACUUCCUCAGGGACACAAUUGUCCGUUUCCAUGUCCUCAUCGCCUGACAAGAGCCGUCUGGACAUUCAUCAUAACUCACUUGCGCACUCGUCUGAUGACCGCCAUUCAGCCUCGCUUCUGAAUGAAAACGUGAAACAGGACCGAGAUUGGGAAGAUCCUUACUUUUCGUAUCUAGCACCCAUUGCCAUCAACUUGCUGACUUUACACGGGGAUAAUUUUUUCGACGUCGUUGUCGAAGAGCUAGCGAUCCACCUUGGCGUCAAUUCCUCCUGUCGAUGGCGUGAUGCAUAACAUUUCAAGCUGGCCAGGAGAAUCUCACAUCAACCCCCACGCGUUCCAGGGUUACCUUGCCGAUUGCACUAUUCAGGACAAGAUCACUUUUCUGAGUGCGAGCCUUGCUGAUAAACACCAAGAUGUGGCAGAGUGUCUCAUGGAUCACACCAUAGAGUCAUAUGUCGGAAUGCGUCUCGAGACCGCCCAGGGAGAGAUUAUGGGCGUCAUCGGAAUUAUCCACGACAGGCCUCUUACACAAGAGGAUGGCUCAAUUGUGAAGGCUGUCUUGGGCCAGAUUGGGGCCCGUGUGGCGAACGAGCUGGAUCGUCUGCGGAUCGAAACAAACCUCAUC